CCAUCCGCGGAACUCCAGUCCCUGCAGAUGAUCUGGUUGGAAAUGUUAUGAAGACAGGUUUGAAGCCAAUAAUCAUACGCGAGCAAGCAUUUCACAGUCUAAAAUUAGGAGUGCACACAUUGAAGAGCUGUUGAAUCACCAUCUCUAGGAAAUGGAUCCAGGAUACUUAUUACAUCUCGCUAUUUGAAUUACGUCUCAAUUCAUCUCCUCACUCACGGGCUUUCUUUCUACCACCAAUAACAUACCAGGCCGACGACGACAGCUAGCUAGCGGGUAUUCCUAGCCACCUAGCUAACAUACUGGUUUCCCCAUUCUUUUCUCAGAUGUCCACAAUGACCACUAAGGUCCUGCAUGCUCCUCCCACACCUAGCCCUGCCUCUUCGUGAUUGAACAGCUGCUGACUGACCAGAGAGGUGAUAUAUGUCUGUGUUGCCAUGACUUAAAGACGUCAUCAAUCAAAUAUGGAGAAAAAGAAAAUGUGCCKCCGUCUGCUGGACUACCUGGUGGUGGUCGGAGCCAGGCAGCCCAGCACUGAUACCGGGUCCCAGACCCCCCAGCUCCUUCGUCGCUACCCGCUGGAGGACCACCCGGACUUCCCUCUGUCCCCAGACGUGGUCUUCUUCUGUCAGCCUGAGGGAUGCCAGAGCAUCCGGCAGCGCCGGGUCAGCCUGCGAGACGACGCCUCCUUCGUCUUCGCACUCACUGAUAAAGACUCGGGCAUCACGCGCUACGGUAUCUGCGUUAACUUCUACCGCUCCUUCCAGCGUGGGGGGCACCGCCGUGACAAGGCGGGUAGUGGUGGAACGGCGGCACAGACAGCGGAAGCGACCAGCGAGGGUUCCGAUGGCAGCGGUGGCUGCCCCACUGCCUCCACGUUGCCGACACCUGCCAGUGCCGACACAACAGCCACAUCUGCGCCAGGCACGGAGCCGGGACCGCCCGGUGGUGAGCCAAAUGCCGGCAGGUCCCCUCGGCACAAACGCAGCACUGCCAAAAUGGUCAAUCGGAACCGCGACAGCACGCUGACCUCGCUGUGCAUGAUCAGCCACUACCCCUUCUUCUCCACCUUUAGGGAGUGCCUGUACAUCCUCAAGAGAAUGGUGGACUGCUGCAGCCACAGGUUGACCCAGCGCGCUGGCCUGCCCCGCGGAACUCAGAGGGACACCAUGUGGCGCGUGUUCACGGGGGCCCUGUUGGUUGAGGAGAAGGGCAGCCAGCUGCUGGCUGACCUGCGGGAGAUCGAGUCCUGGGUCUACCGCCUCCUGCGCUCUCCGGUGCCCGUGGCGGGCCAGCGGCGCGUAGAUGUGGAGGUGCUGCCCCACGAGAUGCAGCCGGCACUCACCUUUGCCCUGCCCGACAACUCUCGCUUCUCCAUGGUGGACUUUCCCCUGCACCUGCCCCUGGAGUUGCUGGGUGUGGACGCCUGCCUCAUGGUGCUCAGCUGCAUCCUGCUGGAGCACAAGGUGGUCCUCCAGUCGCGGGACUACAAUGCCCUGACCAUGAGUGUCAUGGCGUUUGUAGCCAUGAUCUACCCCCUGGAGUACAUGUUCCCUGUCAUUCCCCUACUGCCCACCUGCAUGGCAUCCGCUGAACAGCUUCUCCUUGCCCCCACCCCUUACAUCAUAGGUGUGCCUGCCAGCUUCUUCCUCUACAAAUCUGAUUUCAAAAUGCCCGACGACAUUUGGCUCGUGGACCUGGACUGUAACAAGGUCAAAGUACCCACCAAUGCAGAGCACCUACCCCCUCUUCCCGAGCCAGAAUCCACAGAACUCAAGAAACACCUGAAACAGGCCCUGGCCAGCAUGAGUCUCAACACCCAACCCAUUCUGAACCUGGAYAAGUUUCAGGAAGGUCAGGAGUUACCCCUGCUCCCUCCCGGCCAGAACAAGGCGUCGCCCUCCUCCACCGAGUUCAACCCCCUCAUCUACGGCAACGACGUGGACUCUGUGGAUGUGGCCACCAGGGUUGCCAUGGUGCGGUUCUUCAACUCCCCCAACGUGCUCCAGGGUUUCCAGAUGCACACGCGCACGCUGCGCCUMUUUCCCCGGCCUGUGGUGGCAUUCCAGGCCACGUCCUUCCUGGCCUCGCGGCCCCGCCGCUCAGGCUUCGCUGAGAAGCUGUCGCACACCCAGGCGGUGGAGUACUACGGCGAGUGGGCUCUCAACCCCACCAACCUGGCCUUUCAGAGGAUCCACAACAACGUGUAUGACCCAUCUUUGAUCGGAGACAAGGGCAAGUGGUUCGCCCACCAGCUGCAGCCAGUGUUCUACCGCGUGUACGACGGCAGCUCCCAGCUGGCCGAGGCCAUCAGCGGACCCCUAGAGGAUGAGGCUAAUGACUCGGACCCCACAGACGACAGCGACAGCGAGGCUGGCUACGAUGACUCCAGCUCUUCCUACUCGUCACUUGGAGACUUGGUGAACGAAAUGAUCAAAUGUGACAUCCAAGGGGACAUGCCAAACCUGGAUCCCCCUACCCACGCUGCACUGGGAGAUGCCAGCGAAGUGGAGUUCCAGGACUUCCAGGAGUUCAAGGGAGGAGAGGGUCCCCUCCCUCAAGAGAAGGCACUGCCCGAGGGGGGCGAUGGAGCUCCUGACCCUCCUGAUGGACAAGCACUCCGCUCGAGCUCCAGCACAACCGCCAGCUCCAGCCCCAGCACAAUCAUUCAGGGAGUCAACAAUGAGCAGGCAGAACCAGUGGAAAUGGAGGCGUUGGCCAGUGUAGCUCUGCAGAACCCUGUCCCGGGAUUGGGCGCUCCGCCCUUCUCCAGACCUCCUCCAGARGCCGCCCCGGUGGGACCAGCCAAUAAGAAGGGAGAGUACGACAACCCCUACUUUGAGCCUCAGUAUGGCUUCCCUGCUGAGGAGGACCCUGAGGCAGAAGACCAAGAGGAGACGUACACGCCCCGGUUCAACCAGAACCUCAACGGCAACAAAGCCCAACGCCCCCUGAGGCCCAGCAGUCUAAAGCUGCCCGGCGAGUCGGACGGAGAGGGCGACUCCCGCAACAGUUCUCCAAAUUCCACCAUCUCCAACAACAGCAGCGAUGGCUUUGGGGGCCUCAUGUCCUUUGCUAGUAAUCUGUACAAGAACCACGGCACCAGCUUCAGCCUCUCCAACCUGUCUGUACCCAAUAAGGGGGGGCUGAGGGAGAAGGCCGCUGGGGCUGGGCCCUUUCCCAAUCUCAAAGUAUUUGGACUAAAUUCUCUAAUGGAGAUAAUUACAGAGGCCGGCCCGGGGAGCGGAGAAGGUGGGUUCCGCCCUUUAAAAACUAAUGGCCGCGAGCUGUCCAUCAGACCUAGUGGAAGCCGUCACAUCAAGAAGCAGACCUUUGUGGUGCAUGCUGGGACAGACACCACGGGGGACAUCUUCUUCAUGGAGGUGUGUGACGACUGCAUAGUCCUGCGCAGCAACAUCGGCACAGUGUAUGAGCGCUGGUGGUACGAGAAGCUCAUUAACAUGACCUACUGUCCCAAGACCAAGGUGCUGUGUCUGUGGAGACGCAAUGGCCAGGAAACCCAACUCAACAAGUUCUACACCAAGAAGUGUCGUGAAUUGUAUUACUGCGUGAAGGACAGCAUGGAAAGGGCUGCUGCACGACAGCAGAGCAUUAAACCAGGUCCAGAGCUGGGUGGAGAGUUCCCUGUGCAGGACAUGAAGACGGGCGAGGGAGGAUUGCUGCAAGUCACCCUGGAAGGCAUCAACCUCAAAUUCAUGCACAGCCAGGAGCGGAAGGUUUUCAUAGAGCUGAAUCACAUUAAAAAGUGCAAUACUGUGAAGGGAGUCUUUGUCCUGGAGGAAUUUGUUCCUGAAACUAAAGAAGUGGUGAUCCACAAGUACGAACCUCUUCCGCUCUCGUAG